CCUUUCUCACGCAAAACGUCAAAAAGUGUUGAGAGCAGAUGGCCUGCAAAUAGUGCGAAGGCGAAUAAAAAUUGCAAUUUUCCCUAAACAAACAAGCAGUCAUGUUUCACAGAAACCUUUUACAGUGGUCACGUCUAGUCAAAGCUCACAAUCCUCAGGUUUGUUCCUUAGCGGCUGCUUUCGUACGCCGAUAUUCGUUCAAUCAAAAUGCACAGCUCCUGUGGCUACGACAGUCGAAGUCAGAACCAAGUGGAAAUUCAGUUUGUUUUUCUGCUCGCUUCCUGCAUGCGUCUGCUUUAGUAACAUCCAAAAGUGGUAACGAUUCCAAGACAUAUGCUCAGGUUGCAGCGCCCCAACUGCUUUCCAAGCUAUUCCCCCAGACUGCCGUUGAAGCGAACGAAGCUGAAAAAAUUCAAGAGCAGAAGCGUAAAGAGGAAGAGGAGACCAAAAAGGAAAAAGAAUCAUCUUGGAAACGGAUGAAACUUGGAUUCAUCAUUUUUGGUGUAUCUGUCACGGCUUUCGCGAUCUAUACGGUAUUCAUUUUCGGAGCUCCAGACCAAGAUCCGGAAGGUAAUGUGAUCGAGGACGAAUUCAGCAAAUUGCCAACGGUCCAACAGUACUUUAAACGUCUCUGGAAAUCAAUGACCUAUUAUCAGAAAAUGAUUCAGGAACCAUCACGUGAAAAAUUACUGCCAGACCCGCUUAAAUAUCCCUACAUUCAGCCACCUUACACACUGGUACUCGAAAUGAAGGACGUGUUGGUGCAUCCGGACUGGACGUAUCAAACUGGAUGGCGAUUCAAGAAACGCCCAGGCAUCGAUAAGUUUUUGGAGUCUUUGGCAAGGCAAUUUGAGAUUGUAAUUUUCACCGCCGACCAGGGAAUGACGGUAUUUCCUAUCUUGGAUGCCCUGGAUCCGCAUGGAUACAUCAUGUACCGACUGGUUCGAGACGCAACCCAUUUCGUAGAUGGCCAUCAUGUCAAAAAUUUGGACAAUUUGAACCGUGACCUCAACCGUGUGAUCGUUGUCGAUUGGGAUCCGAAUUCGACCAAAUUACACCCGGAAAAUACGCUCAACAUUCCGCGCUGGACUGGAAACGACGACGAUACCACGUUGUUCGAUUUGAUGGCAUUUUUGCUGACCAUUUCCAACAGCGAAGUAGACGAUGUUCGAGAAGUCAUGACCUAUUACAAGCAGUUCCCUAACCCGUUGAUGCAAUUCCGCGAGAACCAGCGACGCUUGGCCGAUCAGAUGGCCGAAAAGGAGCAGGAGGAAAAGCAGCGAGUCAAGCCAGCGAUACAAAAGUGGAAACCAAGUUUUCUUGGCGGCGGCCGUUGAGUGUAGCGUAGAAGCUAGAUUGUUAUUGCUUUCUUUGGAAUAAGACUCAAAACAGUUUACACCGUCAUCCUGUGUCGGUCCGGUGAUGCUGGUGUUGAACAACGUGGUUUAAUCAUUAAGCAUACCAACUUUCCAUGCAAACCGAACCGAACCGAAAAGUAAACUAUUUUAAGUGGCAUUCGUAUGAAAA